UCGCUGUCCCACGCCGACGGACCACACCAUGGCCGAUGAGUACGAUCCGUACUCGGCGCGCUCGGGCCACGCCAUGACCAACAAUCUGGAGACGCUGAUCCACUUGGUCAAGUCCUCCCUGGGGACGGGCAUCCUCGCCAUGCCCAAGGCGUACAGCCACGUGGGCCUGGCCGAGGGUAUGGUCCUGGUGUACGUCAUGGGGGCCUUCUGCGUGUACGGGCUGCACAUCCUGGUAGGACACUGGUACGUUGUCGAGUUCUUCCUGUUGACGUACCAACUCGGCAUCGGCUGCAUAUACGUGGCGUUCGCGGCGAAGAACCUGGCCUCGGUGGUGGUCGGGGACGACCGCGGCGACGGCAAGCUGGACGUGGCGUUCAUGGCGGGCGUCACCGCGGUGCUGCUGCUGCUCACGCAGAUCCGCAGCCUCAAGGUGCUGGCGCCCGUGUCGCUGGCCGCCAACCUCAGCAUGCUGUUCGGCCAGGUGCUCAUCGCCACCUACCUGCUGCGUGACCUGCCCCCCGUCGCGUCCAGGCCCCUCUACGGCCCCGCCAGGGGGCUGCCGCCUUUUGCGGGGAUCGUACUGUUCGCCAUGGAGUCCCUGGGCGUCAUCAUCUCUCUGGAGAACAACAUGGCGGACCCCGCGGCCUUCACGGGCCUCUGCGGCAUCCUGAACGCCGGCAUGGCCGUGGUCAUCACGCUGUACGCCGUCGUGGGCUUCUUGGGCUUCUACCGGUACGGCGCGGAGGUGGCCGACGUCAUCACCCUCAACAUGCCGGAUGACUGGUGCGUCGCACUAGACUCUCGCUCCGCCCGAUUUAGGGGCGGUCGGGCUGUGAAGGUUGUGUACGCCGCGGCCAUCGUGCUGACGUACCCGCUGCAGGUGUGGCCCGUGCUGGAGAUCACCUGGGAGAAGUACGCCGCGCGCUGGCUGAGUGACUCCCAGGGCGACGGCGAAGGCCGCGGCCGGUGGAACUGGCUGUGGGAGACCAUGUACAGGUCCCUGCUCGUCCUGCUCACCUUCCUGAUCGCCAUCACCCUGCCGAACCUCGAUUUCAUCAUCUCCCUCUUGGGGGUAUUCUGCUUGUCCAUGCUAGGCAUCACCUUCCCCGCGCUCAUGGAGAUGUGUACAUACUACGAGAAAGGUUAUGGCAAGCUGAAAUGGACGCUGUUCAAAGAUAUAAUAAUCGCAAGUAUAGGUAUCUUCGUUCUGAUUGUUGGCCUUUGGACCAGCGUUGUGGACUUGCUCGCCGCGGAUGGACAAUAAAGGAUGCGAUUCUUGAGUGACCUCAAGAUAAUGCCGCUUCGCAUGUUUGGCGCACAACUUCGAAUAUGGCAGGCUUACCCGCCGCUCCCGAAAAACGCGAAAAACGGUUUGGCGGGA